AUGAACAACCCGCAGGGUGGUGAUCUCUACUACGACAACGCCUCCGCACGUUCGCCUCCCGCUCGAGGGACACAACCACAAAACAUGCAUCGUGCCCCUUCUAGGCAAUUCGAUGCAUAUGGAGGUGGCCUGGCUUCAGGAGCCGACAUGUUUCCUCCGCAAGACCAAGGCUUUCGCUAUGACCCAACUAGGUUCCAGAGGAUGAAUGGGCCAAUGCCACCUGCAUAUGGUACUCUUGAUACGCAACAAGCGCAUACCUGGAAUUCAAGUGCGUUCGAUUCUAACAAUCAAGCAGCUGCUCCGGGCUAUGCUUUUACCGGUCGUGGUGGCUAUAAGCCUUCAAUGCGCGGUCGUCCCUUGCUACCAAAUGGCUGGAUGCCUCCUGAACAGAUGGCACAAAUGGGAGGAUAUGUUGCAAACGGUAAUAUGCACGCAGCACACCAUCGCGGCUCCGAUCCCCAUGAUGUAGAGGAGGAGCUUAUUCCGACAGCUAUCGUUAUCAAGAACAUUCCGUUCGCCGUCCGUAAAGAGCAACUGCUCGAUCUUAUGUCUACGUUGGGGCUUCCCCUUCCAUAUGCUUUCAACUAUCAUUUCGACAAUGGAGUCUUCCGUGGGCUCGCUUUUGCUAAUUUCACAUCCGCUGAGGAAACUGAAGUCGUCAUCAGCACUCUCAACCAUUAUGAUAUUCAAGGUCGUAGGCUUCGUGUCGAGUAUAAGAAGAUGCUGCCUCUGCAGGAGCGUGAGCGCAUUGAACGCGAAAAGCGUGAACGCCGUGGUCAACUGGAAGAACAGCAUCGUCCGAUUCCAGGGAGUUCUCUGCAGAACCAGCCAUCAAUGUCAUCCAUGGCAUCGCGUCCGACAAAUACGCCUUCACCUAUUGGAGGUCAGAUAGAAAUGCCGAAUCUUAAUGAUCCCAACACGCUGCGUCUUUACGAUGAACUACGUCUUUUCAAAGAAGACUUGAAGCGCGAAGCGCUCAUUUUCCCUGCGCAUCUCUCUGCCAGUGAUAGACGAAUUGUACACAGUCUUGCUCAUUCAAUGUCACUAAUCCAUCAUUCCCACGGGAAUGGUGAACAACGUCAAGUCCACGUGUAUCGUCACGAACGCCUGAGUCCUCCACUCGGUAACGUCAAUACAAUCCAGCCUAGCGAUCGUGCUCGUGCUCUCAAUAAAGCGGCCACCAUCGAUUUCAAUGAGGCCAGAAGCGCUGAGCAGGGAAAUUUCAAUGUCUUGAGGGGCCAGCAAUCUUCAGGCUUACUUGGCAUCCCAGACUCACCAGGUGGAUUCGGUACCACUCCUCAAAGCCUUCGUGCAGCCAAGUCUGUUGCAGACCUUCGCGCAUACACGCCAUCACCCGCAUCUGCCCAAACAGCAUUCCACGUGCCGCUCGGCACUCAACUUCGCUUCAGCAACUACAAUGGUGUGUCAAAGGCGCAAGCAAUCUCGACAGGUCCAUUCAGUCACGGAGAAGACGAUUUAGUCAACAGUUUCGGUAGCAUGGCGCUCAAUCGUAGCUCGAACAUGACAAACGCAGAGAGUCCACGUCGCCUUCGCUCAAUAGUCUCUUGGGAUAACGAACAUCAGGCUCCAACAAACGGUCCCAGCGGCGCCGGCGCUAUCGGAAGCAAUCGUUCCGUGAGCAACAACAACUACGAAAACGCCUCUCGUGACCGUGGAAUGCCAGUCCGUCAACCACUUGGGCCUUCUGAACGCGUCCCGAAUGCAUUCGCGCGUGGACGUCAUCCCAGUCACCAGCAGCGUGGCAGCGACGAGCUAAGGCAGCAAUCGAACGUAGAGAUCAUCGUGGAGUGA